AUGGAGGAACAACUUAGGUACACAGUUGCUAUGGAGGUUCCAGUGGUGGAUUGUGAGGAUGAUGGGAUUGAGUAUGUGAGGGUUUAUGACACAGUGGAUGCUGAUGAGGUGUUUCCUGGGGUUUCUCAGCCACAACCUGAACCAGAGCAAGAGUCCCCCCCUCCUAAGAAACCUUCCAAGGCCAAACCUAGGAAGAAACUCACUCCAAAAAAGAAGACACCAAAACCUGCCCCCCCCCCCCCCCCCCCACAACCCACUGAAACCACAAACACACAAGAAACCACACCACAAACACCCCCACAUCAAGCUGAACCAGAACCAGAAACAACCCAACAAACACCCCCACAUCAAGCUGAACCAGAACCAGAAAUAACCCAACAAACACAGGGAGGACCCCAACCCACACAACCUGAACCAGAGCAAGCUGGACCAGAACCAGUUGCCCAACCAAACCCAAAAAAACAGGAAGGGCUAGACCUGAGGGGUUUAGGGUGGGGAAACCCACACUGGUAA